AUGUCUAUCACUGUACCUCCACCAAAAUGCCUGAAGAAACCUCUAGAGGUUCCUCAUCGUCACAUGUUUGGACCAGGACCCUCCAACGUACCUCCUCGCAUCCUGAAGGCCGGGGCCAGUCCCAUCAUUGGACACAUGCACCCAGAGAUGUUUGAGAUAAUGAGUGACAUCAAAAGUGGAAUUCAGUACAUGUUCCAGACUCAGAACAACAUGACGUUAGCUGUGAGUGGCACUGGCCACACUGCUAUGGAGUGUGCCAUCUUCAACACAGUGGAGCCCGGGGACAGCGUGCUGACUGCAGUGAACGGCAUAUGGGGAGAGCGAGCAGCAGAAAUGGCUGAGAGGAUAGGUGCCAGAGUAAACACCAUUGUGGCGCCUCCUGGAGGCUUCUUUACAAAUGAACAAAUUGAGCAGGCGUUAUCAAAAUACAGGCCUGCCCUGUUCUUCCUUGCACAUGGGGAAUCUUCUACAGGAGUCUUGCAUCCUUUAGAUGAGAUCGGACAACUGUGUCAUAAGUAUAGCUGCCUGUUUCUUGUCGAUUCUGUGGCUUCAAUAGGAGGAGCCCCUUUAUACAUGGACCAGCAAGGGAUUGACAUCCUAUAUACAGGCUCUCAAAAGGUUCUGAAUGCGCCUCCAGGUACAGCACCUAUCUCCUUCAGUAACAGAGCAUGCCAGAAAAUAUUCAACCGAAUGUCAAAACCUGUCUCAUUCUUCUUGGAUUUGAGUUGGCUUGCAAACUACUGGGGCUGUGAUGGCAAGCCAUCCAGGAUAUAUCACCACACAGGUCCAGUCACUGCUUUUUACUCUCUGCGGGAGAGCCUGGCAGUCCUCAUUGAAGAGGGUCUGGAAAAUUCAUGGGAAAGACAUCAGAAAGUGGCAGAGUAUUUCCAUACUGGCCUGGAGAGCAUGGGACUCAAACUUUUUGUCAAGGAAAAAAAAGCAAGACUGCCUACUGUUACCACUAUUGUUGCUCCUCAUGGAUAUGACUGGAAAGAGAUCACAGCCUACAUCAUGAAAAUACAUAAUCUGGAGAUUUCUGGGGGGCUUGGACCAUCAGUUGGCUUGGUGCUGCGUGUGGGGCUGAUGGGAUGUAACAGCAGCAAGACCAAUGCUGACAUGGUGCUGACAGCACUGAAAGAUGCUCUGAUGCACUGUCACAAGAGCAAGGUGUAACACAUUGUUGUUGGAUGCUGAAAGGAUCAUCCUGAAUCAGCGCUACUGUCAUA